GCCAUGUUGGCGGAAGCGGCGCGCCCUGUGCGGUGCGAUCAGCGGUGCCCGAACGCGCGGCCCUGGGCUCGGCCUGCGGCUUCGCCUCGCUCGCGUCUCCGCGCUGACAGGAGCGGCCGGCGGAUGAAGAGAAGCAGGAUGAACCUGCCGCGGGGCCCGGACACGCUGUGCUUCGACAAGGACGAGUUCACGAAGGAAGAUUUCGAUGUGGAUCAUUUUGUAUCUGACUGCAGGAAGCAUGUCCAACUGGAAGAACUGAGAGACGACCUGGAACUCUACUAUAAGCUUCUUAAGACCGCCAUGGUCGAACUCAUCAACAAGGACUAUGCAGAUUUCGUCAACCUUUCAACAAACUUGGUCGGCAUGGACAAAGCCCUCAACCAGCUCUCUGUGCCUCUGGGACAGUUACGAGAAGAGGUUCUGAGUCUUAGGUCAUCUGUCAGUGAAGGAAUCCAUGCAGUAGAUGAACGAAUGUCUAAACAAGUGGACAUUAGGGAAAAAAAGAUGUGUGUAUUGAGGCUUAUCCAAGUUAUUCGAUCAGUUGACAAAAUUGAAAAAAUCUUAAAUUCUCAAAGGUCUAAGGAAACAUCUGCCCUAGAAGUAAGCAGGCCACUUUUGACUGGACAGAUUUUGGAGAGAAUUGCCACAGAAUUUAACCAGUUGCAGUUUCACGCUAUUCAAAGCAAAGGCAUGCCUCUUUUGGACACAGUAAGACCACGUAUAGCUGGUAUAACAGCCAUGUUACAACAGUCGCUGGAAGGCCUCCUAUUAGAAGGGCUUCAGACCUCCAACGUUGAUAUAAUACGGCACUGCUUACGGACCUACGCCACAAUUGACAAGACACGGGACGCAGAGGCCUUACUUGGUCAAGUGCUAGUGAAACCGUACGUGGAUGAGGUGAUCGUAGAGCACGUUGUCAUGUCCCAGCCGGGUGGCCUCCAGAUCAUGUACAAUAAACUCCUGGCGUUUGUUCCUCACCACUGCCGCCUUCUCCGAGGAGUCACAGGCGGAUCCAUCUCCAGUGAAAAAGACAGUACUGUUCCUGGAUAUGAUUUUUUGGUGAAUUCUGUCUGGCCAGAAAUAGUACAAGGAUUAGAAGAUAAAUUACCCUCACUUUUUAAUCCUGGAGAUCCUGAUGCAUUUCAUGAGAAAUACACUAUAAGUAUGGAUUUUGUAAGAACAUUUGAACGGCAGUGUGGAUCACAGGCCAGUGUAAAAAGAUUAAGAGCACAUCCCGCCUACAACAGCUUCAAUAAUAAGUGGAACUUGCCUGUUUAUUUUCAAAUAAGGUUUAGAGAAAUAGCUGGAUCUUUAGAGGCAGCACUCACAGAUGUACUGGAAGACGCGCCAGCCGGAAGUUCGUACUGCCUCUUGGCGUCUCACAGAACAUGGAGCAGCCUCCAGAGGUGCUGGUCAGAUCAGAUGUUCCUGCCUCUGCUGGCGCCCCGUCUGUGGAGGCUCACGCUGCAGAUCGUGGCGCGGUUCUCGGUGUUUGUGGGUGAGCUUUUACUCAGGCCCAUCUCUAAUGAAAAUGCUAAGGACAUUAAAAAGCCUUUGGUAACUGGCAGCAAAGACCCUUCUGUCACCCAAGGAAACAGUGAAGACCAGGGAAGCAGCCCUUCUGAGACAAAACCUGUAGUUUCCAUUUCCAGCACUCAGCUGGUGUACGUGGCCGCAGACCUGAUCAAGCUCCAGGAGCAGCUUCCAGAACUCUUGGAAACAAUCAAGCCAAAACUUGAAACGAUUGGCUUUAAGAAUUUUUCUUCUAUCUCAGCGGCCCUGGAGGACUCGCGGGCGGCUCUGUCAGCCUGUGCACCAGCCCUGAGCGGCAGGAUCAUCCGGGACUUGAGUGAGUCUUGCUUCAGUUUCCUGAAAAGCGCCCUGGAGGUUCCCAGGCUUUACCGAAGAACCAAUAAGGAGGUGCCGACCGCGGCUUCCGCUUACGUGGACAGCGCUCUGAAGCCACUUUACCAGCUUCGGAGUGCACACCAGGACAAGCUCAAACAAGCGGUGAUUCAGCAGUGGUUACGAGGUGCUCUCUCUGAGAGCACGCAUAAGUACCACGAGACCGUGUCCGACGUUCUCAGCGCCGUGCGGAGAAUGGAGGAGAGCCUGAAAAGGCUGAAGCACGCCAGGAGGCCCGCGCCCGCUGCCCCCGCCGGCCCCCGUGCGGGCAGCAUGAGCGAUGACGACAAGAUCAGGCUGCAGCUGGCCUUGGAUGUCCAGUACCUAGGAGAGCAGAUACAGAAGAUGGGCCUGCAGACAGAGGACGUGCCGAGCUUUGCAGCGCUCUCCGAGCUCGUGGCCGCAGCCCAGGAGCAGGCGGGGGCUGAGCAGCCUUAGGCGGCGGCGGCUGGAGGUGGGAAGGGGUGGGGGGGCCGCCCCCGGGGAGGGGCCGCCGGCUGCCCGCAGCUCCUCUGCACACCCAGGUCUUUCACCUGAAAAAGAACACAAAAGCCUUUUUCCAUUGUAUGGAAGAUCGUUUUUAAGACAUUUGAAACUUUAUACUAUAGUUUACAGAGCAAAUCAUUUUAUUUUUAUUGUAAAUCUUAGCAUGGAAGAGCUGAUUUCUAAAAUCUGAUUAAAGUAAAUAUAUCCGCACGGAUGUGGGAUGUCACCUCCCUGGCCCUGCCGCCCAAGCAGCCGGGCGGCCACAGUGAGGACGCCCCUCCCCAAGGCAGAGCCACCGCGCCCCACCAGCUUGCUGGCAGGCCAGGGGUGGCCCAGUCUCCGGCAGGUGUUCAGGAGCAGACCUCAGACCUGGGUCAGGAGCCAGACCAGCAGGGAAGAUUUAUUUCCUAAAUAAAGGGAGUGUCUGCCGAA